AUGACCGGUUUCGGGGAGGACGAGGUCGAAAUGACGAUGGCCGACUCCGACGAGACCGCUAUCGACGCAGGGGCGGGAAUGGACGUUCAGUUUGGCCCAUCAACCUCCUUCCUCGCGGCGGGCAAGGUGUUGGCAACACGGCUGACGCUGAACAAGAGGCAGUCCAUCGCUUUUCUGAUAAUAUGCCGCCAGCUCGAUUUGAUGCAGCAGACCGACGGGGCGAUGCCUGCCAGCUGCGCCAGUUCGUCGGCGGAGCGGUUCAUCCACGGCCAGUCUCGAAUGGAUUGGCAGGAGAAGGAUGUGCUCGUCAUCGACGAGGUGAGCAUGCUCGGGGCGCGGACGCUGCACGCCGUGAACGAGCGGCUUCGCCGGCUUCGCGGAUCGCGGCAAGAUUUCGGGGGGAUCCCCAUCGUCCUCUUCUGCGGAGAUUUUCAGCAGUUCCGGCCGGUCCAAGAGAGGUCGAUCGUCCUGCCUAGCGCGGCCAUCUCGUGGGACGUAGACAACUCGUUCAAGGCCGAGCAGCGUCACCAGCACGACAAAGCGCACGCACUGUGGAAGAGGUUCACGACGGUCGUCAUGCUGGACGAGCAGAUGCGCGCCGCCGGCGACCCGGAGCUGCAGAGGCUGCUGAAGCGGAUCCGUCUAGGCGUGCAGGAUCGGACGGAUCUAAACCUCCUCAACUCAAGGUGCUACCGGGAGGGAAGGCGGAUCCCUUGGGAGACGGGCAUCACCGUGGUGACGCCGCUCAAUAGGAAUCGGUGGAACCUGAACAUGGAGGCGAGCCUGGCGUUCCGGGUCCAGCAGCGGUCGACGAUGCGCAUUUUCAUCUCCGAGCACAAGUGGAAGGAGGAGCUGCCGACGGAGGAAGAGGCGAUCAUGAUACUCAACCAGGGCGACGAUAGCGCGAUCCCGGUGCCGGCCGUCUUCAUGUUCGUGGCCGGGAUGCCCAUCGUCAUUGUCGACAAGGCGUACCCGGGGCAUCGGAUCUCGGCCGAUAUGACGAUCCACUUCGGGCCGCCGGCGGGGAUCAUUCUCGAAUCGGAGACGACGAGAUAUCUCCACUUCUGCCAGCGAAAAAGGCCGUGGCAACGCAACGACGUCAGCCGAAAGGGUUUGCCGUGCGCAGCAGCGUUCGCGUGCACGGACUACAAGGUGCAGGGCAAAACGCUGGAGCGCGUGGCCCUCGAGCUGCGAGGGACACGGACGACGAAGAUGGAUGGAACGGUGGUGCCCUCGCAGUGCGACCCGUACGGCCUGUACGUGCAGCUAUCGCGCUGCCGAACUCUAGACGGCAUCAUGCUCGUGUCCAAGGUGCGGGACAGAGACUUGGUGGGCAACCGGGUCCCCGAGGAGAUGACUGCCGCACAGGCCAGGCUCGAGGUACUGAGCGAGAGGACCGUUGAGGAGGCGUUGCGCUGGCUGGACGGUGAUGCUGAAGAGUCAAGGCGGCCGGGCUAG